AAGCAGAAAAGAUAAACAGACGAUAGUUCACAACAUUUGUGUUGGAGGAAGGAUGCAGAUAUUGUGAGCUGCUUUGGAGUGAUUCGGGCACUCUGUCCUGCUGGAUGGAAGCAGUUGCAAGUGGUUAAUGUCAGCAAGAUUGUAAUAGGAUCAAGAUGGAGUCUGUCUUCUGCUUUUCCAGCACUAGAUGUGUGUAACUGGAAGAUUCUGACCAGAGGCAAUGCUGCCUAUGCCAUGACACAAACUACUUUAAUUCCAGGAAGGAUUCUUGGGGUCGGAGAGAUCUGGGAGAAAACGUUCUAUUCGCUGGAUUCCUAGGAUUUUACUUACAGAUCUUCUCAGGUGGUGCAAUGACAAAACUUACUCUCUUCUUCAAUCAGUGAAUUUGAAGUAAUCUUUCAUCGUUUCAUCUCCUUUAGUCUCAUAUGGAAUGUAUCCCUCUAUCUGUUGUUAAACUACGAUGACAUGUCUGUAGCUAUCAGAAAGAGAAGCUGGGAAGAACAUGUGACCCAAUGGAUGGGACAGCCUUUUAAUUCUGAUGAUUGUAACACAGCAUGUCAUCAUGGACUAGUAGCUGACAGCUUGCAGGCAAGUAUGGAAAAAGAUGCAACUCUAAAUGUGGACCGCAAAGAAAGGUGUGUUUCACUACCAGACUGCUGUCAUGGCUCAGAGCUGAGAGAUAUUCCUGGGAGGCCAAUGGGUCACAUUUCAAAGGAGGUGGAUGAAGAUGACAGCCAUGAAGGUGAAGAUCAGUUUCUUUCUCUGGAGGCCAGCACGGAAACACUAGUGCAUGUUUCUGAUGAGGAUACUGAUUCUGAUCUAUAUCUUACAGAUGAUAAACAGAUUUUAACUACUCAAGGGCCUAAAACGUCAGACCAACAUAGCAUCAAAGGAGCAGGCUCCUUAGGAAAGACGCCGCCCAUCAUGGAAAGUAACCAAGGUUCUUAUGACUCCUGGGGAAUGGCUGGUGGAGCUGAUUUAGUGCUGGUAGAGGAAAAGGGGGACAGAAAAGUUGUUGACAUGGUGAGUAAAAGCCUGGAGCUUUGUAAGGAUAUAAGCCUAAGUGAAGUAAAAGAUGCACCCAAAAUGAAUGCAUGUGAUUCUUUGAAUGUGAAAGAUAUUGUGCCAGAAAAGCAAUUGCUUAAUUCUGCUGUAAUUGCUCAGCAUCGAAGGAAACCCGACUUCCCUAAAGAUGAACAUGAAAGAAACACCUGCAGUGCAGUACAAGAUGAGUUCUUGGCUAUUCCUUGUGCGGACAGAGGACUGCCAUUAUUCAAAACAGAUUCUGGAAGCUGCCUUCUGCAGCCUCCUUCCUGCCCUAGUGGAAUGUCAGCUGAAAAUGGCCUGGAGAAGAGUGGUUUCUCAGAACAUCAAAACAGAAGUCUUCCAAAGGUCAACUCAGGAGAUGGCAUGCAGUGUUUACACAUAAAGGAGACUCUGGCCACCCAUGAACCCACAGAUAACCAAGUCAGACUUCGUAAAAGAAAGGAAAUAAGAGAAGAUCGAGAUAGGGUGCGGCUAGACUCGAUGUUGUUGCUGAUCAUGAAACUGGACCAGCUCGAUCAGGACAUUGAGAACGCUCUCAGCACCAGCUCCUCUCCGUCCGGCACACCAACCAACCUUCGGCGGCAAGUCCCUGAUCUGGAAUCAGGAUCUGAGAGUGGAGCAGAUAACACUUCGGUAAAUCAGACACAAAUAAAUCUGUCUUCUAACACCGAGUCCACUGACCUACCAUCUUCCACCCCAGUGGCCAGUUCUGGAACCAAACCCAAGUCUAUGGCUAUUCCAGGUACUUCAGAGAAGGAAAAGGCUGAAAUUGAAGCCAAAGAAGCUUGUGAUUGGCUACGGGCGGCAGGAUUCCCCCAGUACGCCCAGUUGUAUGAAGAUCUCCUGUUCCCCAUUGAUAUUUCCUUGGUCAAGAGAGAGCAUGAUUUUUUGGACAGAGAUGCUAUUGAGGCUUUAUGCAGGCGUCUGAAUACUUUAAACAAAUGCGCGGUGAUGAAGUUGGAAAUUAGUCCUCAUCGGAAGAGAAGCGAGGAUUCGGACGAGGAUGAGCCUUGUGCAAUAAGUGCCAAAUGGACUUUCCAGAGGGACAGCAAGAGGUGGUCCCGGCUUGAAGAGUUCGAUGUCUUUUCUCCAAAGCAGGACCCCGUCCCUGGGUCCCCAGACGAUCCCCACCUGAAGAACGCCCCCAGCCGUGAAAGCGUGCUGACGGACCUCAGCGAGCGCCAGGAGGUGGCUUCUGUCCGCAGCCUCAGCAGCACCAGCAGCCUCGCCACGCAAGCGACCCACCUCGGGGGCUCGGCGACGGCCCGGACUAACUCCAUCACCAGUGUCUGCUCCUCCGGCACCUUCGUAGGCAACGAUGACUCUUUCUGCAGCCUGCCCUCUCCCAAGGAACUGUCCAGCUUCAGCUUUAGCGUGAAAGGCCACGAGAAGAACACCAAGUCCAAGACGCACAGCCUGCUGAAACGCAUGGAGAGCCUGAAGCUCAAGGGCUCCCACCACAGCAAGCACAAGGUGCCGUCCAAGCUGGGGCUGAUCAUCAGCGGGCCCAUCCUGCAGGAGGGGGUGGACGAGGAGAAGCUCAAGCAGCUGAACUGCGUGGAGAUCUCCGCCCUCAACGGCAACCGCAUCAACGUCCCCGUGGUGCGGAAGAGGAGCGUCUCCAACUCCACGCAGACGAGCAGCAGCAGCAGCCAGUCCGAGACCAGCAGCAACGUCAGCACGCCCAGUCCCGUCACCAGGACCCGGAGCCUCAGUGCCUGCAACAAGCGGGGAGGCAUGUACCUAGAGGGCUUCGAUCCGUUCAAUCAGUCCACGUUCAACAACGUUAUGGAACAGAACUUUAAAAACUGCGAGAGCUACCCGGAGGACGCGGUGUUCUACAUCCCAGAAGAUCACAAGCCUGGCACUUUCCCCAAAGCCCUCUCCAAUGGCAACUUCUCUCCCUCAGGGAAUAACAGCUCUGUGAACUGGAGGACUGGAAGCUUCCACGGCCCUGGCCAUAUCAGCCUGAGGAGGGAAGAUAGCAGCGACAGCCCCAAGGAACUUAAGAGACGCAAUUCCUCGAGCUCCAUGACCAGCCGCCUCAGUAUCUAUGACAACGUGCCCGGCUCCAUCCUCUAUUCCAGUUCCGGUGACCUGGCCGACCUGGAGAACGAGGACAUCUUCCCCGAGCUGGACGACAUCCUCUACCACGUGAAGGGGAUGCAGAGGAUAGUCAACCAGUGGUCGGAGAAAUUUUCAGACGAGGGAGACUCAGACUCGGCCCUGGACUCGGUCUCUCCAUGCCCGUCCUCUCCCAAGCAGAUCCACCUGGACGUGGACAAUGACCGAGCCACCCCCAGCGACCUGGACAGCACGGGCAACUCACUGAACGAACCCGAGGAGCCCUCAGACAUCCCGGAAAGGAGGGAUUCUGGGGUCGGGGCCUCCCUGACCAGGUCCAGCAGGCACAGGCUGAGAUGGCACAGUUUCCAGAGCUCUCAUCGGCCCAGCUUAAACUCUGUAUCGCUGCAGAUUAACUGCCAGUCUGUGGCCCAGAUGAACCUGCUGCAGAAAUACGCCCUCCUGAAGUUAACCGCCCUGCUGGAGAAAUACACGCCUUCUAAUAAGCAUGGUUUUAGCUGGGCUGUGCCCAAGUUCAUGAAAAGGAUCAAGGUUCCAGACUACAAGGACCGGCAUGUAUUCGGGGUCCCUCUGACGGUCAACGUGCAGCGCACAGGACAGCCCCUCCCCCAGAGCAUUCAGCAGGCCAUGCGCUACCUCCGCAACCAUUGUCUGGAUCAGGUUGGACUCUUCAGAAAAUCGGGUGUCAAAUCCCGGAUUCAGGCUCUGCGCCAGAUGAAUGAAAGCGCCGUUGAUUGUGUCAACUAUGAGGGGCAGUCUGCUUAUGAUGUGGCAGACAUGUUGAAGCAGUAUUUUCGAGAUCUUCCUGAGCCACUAAUGACGAACAAACUCUCGGAAACCUUUCUGCAGAUCUACCAAUAUGUGCCCAAGGACCAGCGCCUCCAGGCAAUCAAGGCCGCGAUCAUGCUCCUGCCUGACGAGAACAGGGAGGUCCUGCAGACCCUCCUCUACUUCCUGAGCGAUGUCACAGCAGCCGUGAAGGAGAACCAGAUGACUCCCACCAACUUGGCCGUGUGCUUGGCGCCUUCCCUCUUCCACCUCAACACCCUCAAGAGAGAGAACUCCUCUCCAAGGGUAAUGCAAAGGAAACAAAGCUUGGGCAAACCAGAUCAGAAAGAUUUGAAUGAAAAUCUUGCUGCCACUCAAGGGCUAGCCCAUAUGGUUGCUGAGUGCAAGAAGCUUUUCCAGGUUCCUGAGGAAAUGAGCCGAUGUCGAAAUUCCUACACCGAACAAGAGCUGAAGCCGCUUACCCUAGAAGCAUUAGGACGCCUUUGUAAUGAUGAGUCAGCCAACUACCAACACUUCCUCCAGGACUGUGUGGACAGCCUGUUUAAAGAGGUCAAAGAGAAAUUCAAAGGCUGGGUCAGCUACUCUACAUCUGAGCAGGCUGAGCUAUCCUAUAAGAAGGUGAGUGAAGGACCACCUCUAAGGCUUUGGAGGGCAACCAUUGAAGUCCCUGCAUCGCCUGAGGAAAUCUUAAAGCGCCUACUUAAAGAGCAGCACCUCUGGGACGUAGACUUGUUGGAUUCAAAAGUGAUUGAGAUCCUGGACAGCCAAACUGAAAUUUACCAGUAUGUCCAAAACAGCAUGGCACCCCAUCCUGCUCGGGACUACGUCGUUCUGAGAACGUGGAGGACUAAUUUACCCAAGGGAGCUUGUGCCCUUUUACUCACCUCCGUGGAUCACGACCGGGCCCCUGUGGUGGGAGUGAGGGUCAAUGUGCUCCUGGCCAGGUAUCUAAUUGAACCCUGCGGGUCAGGGAAAUCCAAACUCACCUACAUGUGCAGAGCUGACUUAAGGGGCCACAUGCCAGAGUGGUACACGAAAUCUUUUGGACAUUUGUGUGCAGCUGAAGUUGUAAAGAUCCGAGACUCCUUCAGUAAUCAGAACACUGAAACCAAAGACACCAAAUCUAGGUGAUUCCCGAAGCAUGUCCAUUAUCUGGGCCUUUGUUUCUAGAACCCUUGCCAGUCCUUGGAAGAUUGGGUUCAGUGUCUGAUCCUGAAACAAAACUACAAGUUGGAGUGUGGGAAUUGACUAUAGUGAUUUGAUACAUUUUUAAAGCUGCUUUCUAUUUGUUUAAGGUCUGUAUUAUGGACCUUGACUGGAAUAUAUGACUGUGCAAAAAAAAAAAAAAAAAAAUUCCUAUUCGAAUUGCUUCUGAGAAGCAAAACUAUAAAUACAUUAGGGAAGAUAAUGAAGAGACGUCAUUCUCUCGCGAUGUCGGUGUCUGUGUACGUGUACCUAUGUCAUUUUCUUUGCAGUGUGUGGAGGGACUGGUGUAUCCACUGGAAUAGUUGGUCCUCUUUGACAUAUUUUCUCGCUGAGAAGAGCAAAGAAAGGUUUGCACAGAGAGGUGUGUGUAUGUGUGUUUGUUGCUGGUCGAAUGGCAUAGAUGUGUAAGUUGGGCUACAGUGUAAGUCUGGCACACUGAGACACCUCCAAGAAGGAUCUUGAUGCAUCAGGUUCAGUUUAACCUGGAAUAUCUGACUCCCCAUGGAAUUAUCCAGAAAGUGAACCGAUUUAUUUUGGGGUGUCAGACAACCCACGCUUGUCUGGUUGUUUUUUUUUUCCUGAGUUAGUAAACAUUUUCCUUCUCCACCAACCUCUUCUUUACCUUAAAAGUGAUUGUAAUAAAUUUACUUGGAUAGCCCAUUUUAAACACAGUUUGUCUCUAGACCUGAUUGCAGAUAGCAAAGUUGUUUUUAUCCAGUACAGGUGAAUUCAGGGAUGGAAAUUCCCCCUUGCUAGCUCCAAAGCACAGUUUUGUUUUUUGGUUUUUAAGUUGAGAUGUGAAAACUGAGCGCUCUUAACACCUACUCCUGAAUCAAAUAUCAACAUCUUUUACGUGUCCUCAAAUUCUUUGCAUUUCCAUGUUAGGAGAAACUCUUUAAGGCGCUAUGUAUGGGAUCACAGGAAACUGUGUCCCAAGAAAAUCCUUGUAAAUUUAACCCAACCACAAAAGUUACUUGUUGUUAUGGUUAUUAACAGCAUUUUUGAAAGCUGCAUAUGUUAAUUGGAUUUGUCCUUAUCAGCAAAUAGCAUUUUUUUUUAUUUUGUUUUUCCUACAUUUCUUUUUCUUCUCCUUUAUGAAGCCCCUGGAAAUAUAUUUUAGUAGUAAUGGAAAGUAGUAAUCACAGUAAAAAACAAACCAACCAUCAAAAACACACUAGUGCAGGGCUUUGGAAGGGUGGUCUUUAUACAGGUUUUACUGUAACGGUAAAGGUUGGCUCAAAAGACAGUAUUAGUGAAUUUAUUUUAUAUGGAUCAAAAGUGAAUAAUGUAUGAAUGAGAGUUGUAAGAAGGACUUUUAUUUUGUUAUAAUUUAGUUACCAUUGUCAGUGUUAUUUCAAAGGUUCUUUGAAGAAUUAGGGGGCAGGGGACAGAUCAGAGUUUAAUUUGAGUAUUUUGGAUAUUAGCGUGCCUCAUGAAGAUAUACUUGUAUAUUCAACUUUAAUGGCUUUGAGAUUUGUAAGAUUAUAUGUUGUAUAUACCAUUCUAUUAAGAAACAUGUACGCCUACCUGUCCACUGUGCUUUCCAACACAGAUAAAGCAUGAUAAAGAUUAUUAUUUAAAAUAUACUUGUAUUUAUACCUCAGAUAUUCUUUUGGAUUUUGUACCUCAAGGCUUUUUUGUUUUUUUUUUUUGUUUGUUUGUUUUUUGCUAAUGUAAAUACACUUUACAUGAAUACAGUCUAAGUGAAAAAAAGUAAAUAAGAGGUUUAUAACUUGCUCUAUAUCUGUACAGAAUAUAAUCAAUAAGUGCACUAUUAAAUGUUUAAAGUAAGGGAAACGUCUGGCCUGCUUUCCACUGUAUCACAUCUCACUCCUACCCGUAAAACCACAGAUGGCAAGGCAUACCAUCCUAGCAUCAACUAAAAUGAAAAUACAGAUUUGCUACAGGAAAAAUCGGACUACAAAUCAUUCCAAGGCCAAACUGCAACUGAGCCACUCACUAACAAACAGGAAACCCUGGUGAAGGUUCAGGAAGCACAGAGAUGCUCUCCAAACAAAGGUCUCGAGGAAACGAUACUGAGAAAGCUACAAGAAUAAGCAACAGCCACCGAAAGAUGCUCAUAAGCAAAGCCAAGGUCACCGAUUCAUUCCACAAAAGGUCUCUUUCCCACUGUUUGGCUUUCCUGUUGAAAGGAUUCCUUACAUAUUUGACCAGAGGAGAAUGUGAAGGAUGUGAACAUUUUGAAGAACUCUGCUUUAAGCCACCUAAAGUGAUAUUGCCACAACUUACUAAUUGUGACUAAUUGUCUAGGUUGUAAGCUCUCUGAGAGCAGGGCUCUUCUACACGUCUUUAUAAUCCCCUACAGCAGCUUUCAGUGUUUUGUACUUGUAGGCACCUAAUAAAUUUAUUAUUUGCCAAAUGGAA